UCUGGCCAUAGUUCAGAAUCACCCAACUCCAGCAGCAACCUUAUGCUCAGUAUCAGUACAAUUGCCUCCGCAAUUGCUGAUGCCUCCAUCAGCUCAGAUCCAGCCCAGCUUGCUGCCAUGAUCAUGGAGCUGUCUAAACGGAGCCGCUCUAAAAGCCGCCAGCAAGUAGCAGAAGAGUCGAUUAUGAGUUCUGAUCCUGUAGCGGCCUCAAAUCAGAAUGGUCUGCUGGAGGACCUACAGAAGACCACAUCAGUGGGUGACCUUAGUACUCCCGAAAUGGAGAAAUAUCUGAAGAGGGCUGAGGUCUCAAGUAGCGAUAGUGAUGGAUCCACCUCACAGUCCUGCUUGGACAUCCUCACUUUAGCUGAUAGUUUGGCCACUUCUAAGAAGCAGACUCAACAUCAGUUGGUGCCUCUGGAUUACAGAACCAUCCAUAAAAAUGAAGAGUGUUCAGUUAUGGAAGAGCAAGCAGUUGACAAAAAAUGCCAGGAUCUGGCAG